UUUUCAACAAAGGCCAUAGCCAAUCCUUAAACCCCAACUCAACACAUAAACACUAAUUAUUAAAUUUUGUGCACAAAAUUCACAACUAACCCAAACAAAACCUAGUCAACUCACCCAACCCUUCAUUUUCUCUCCUAUUUCCUCUCCAAAAUCCCAACUAAAUUGUUAAUCUUGGCAACCUUUUCAAUCUUUUUUGUUUGAGUUGGCAACUUAAUAAUUAAUUAACUUAAACAAUCCCAACUUGCCAAAAUCAUGUUGAAAAAACUAAAAAGAAGAGUCAAAACCUUACUCACUAAGUCCUUCAAACAAACACUCAAUCAACCACCAUCAUCAUAUAAACCCUCUUCACCACCACCAAUAUUUCCACCUGAAAACUCAACAAUGUCUCAUCAUUCUCAUGAAAAGCCUUCAUCUUCACCAUUUCUCUUCCCCAAAAUCCAAUCCACAGUCCUCCCCGACCCUUCCCUUUUCUUCUCACCUCCUCUCCUCUCUUCCCCACUACCCACAAACUCAUUUUUUCAGAAUUUCACUCUUAAAAAUGGUGAUCAGCCCGAGUAUAUUCAUCCCUAUACCGUUAAAUCCGCAGACUCUUCACUCUCUAUCUCAUACCCAUCUCAGUUUCCUAACCCUGCUUUCAUUUACCAGGUUUUUGUAGCUGAUCUCACCAUCUCUGCUACAAAAAAAACCAACCCAGAUGCCCCAAAAAGUCAUGUUAUUUCAUCUUUUAGUGAUCUUAGUGUCACUCUAGAUAUACCCUCUUCGAAUUUGCAGUUUUUUCUUGUUAAAGGAAGUCCCUUUUUAACAUGUUCUGUAGGGAAUAAUACUUCAAUUUCUAUAUCAACUAUUCAUGCAAUUCUUGAAUUUGUUCCUAAUAAUUCUCUCACUAAGUAUACUGUUAAGCUUAAUAAUGGUCAGACAUGGCUUAUUUACUCUUCUUGUCAGAUUAAUUUGACUCACAGUCUUUCUUUGAUUAGUUCUGAUGAGUUUUCUGGUUUGAUAAGGAUUGCAUUAUUGCCUGAUGGUGAUCCCAGAUGUGAAGCGGUUCUUGACAGGUUCAGUUCCUGCUAUGCAGUGUCAGGUGAUGCUGUUUUUACUAAACCAUUUUGUUUAGAGUAUAAAUGGGAAAAGAAAGGUUGGGGUGAUUUACUUAUGCUUGCUCAUCCUUUACAUGCUAAGCUUUUAUCUAGUGAAAAUGUUGUUGUUUUGAAUGAUUUUAAGUAUAAGAGUAUUGAUGGUGAUCUUGUUGGUGUUAUUGGAGAUUCUUGGUUGUUGAAAUCUGAUCCUAUUUCUGUUACUUGGCAUUCUAUUCAUGGUGUUAAAGAGGAUUCAUGUGCUGAAAUUGUUGAUUCUCUUUGUAAGGAUGUUGAGAGUUUAGAUUCCUCUGCUAUAGCCACAACUUCGUCUUAUUUUUAUGGUAAAUUGGUUGCGAGAGCGGCUAGGUUUGCAUUGAUUGCAGAGGAGUUAGGUUUUCUUGAUGUGAUUCCGAAGAUAAAGAAGUAUUUGAAGGAAACAAUUGAGCCAUGGUUGGAUGGAACCUUUAGUGGAAACGGUUUCUUAUAUGAUAAUAAAUGGGGUGGAAUUGUGACGAAGCAAGGUUCAACUGAUUCCGGUGCAGAUUUUGGAUUUGGAGUUUAUAAUGAUCACCAUUUUCAUAUUGGUUACUUUCUUUAUGGAAUUGCAGUUCUUGCAAAAUUUGAUCCAGUCUGGGGGAGAAAGUAUAGGCCACAAGCUUAUACUCUCGUGGCAGAUUUUAUGAACUUAGGCAGACGAUCAAAUUCAAAAUACCCGCGAUUAAGGUGCUUCGAUUUGUAUAAACUGCAUUCGUGGGCAGGAGGGCUAACCGAAUUUGCCGAUGGACGAAACCAGGAGAGCACAAGUGAGGCAGUGAAUGCAUACUAUUCAGCAGCUUUAUUGGGAUUAGCCUAUGGAGACACUCAUCUUGUUGCCCUCGGAUCAAUGCUUACGGCCAUGGAGAUUCAUUCAGCGCAGACAUGGUGGCAUAUUAAAGAAAAUGAUAAUCUGUACACAGAAGAUUUCACUAGAGAGAAUAGGGUAGUGGGGGUUUUAUGGAAUAACAAGAGAGACAGUGCUCUCUGGUUUGCACCACCUGAGUGGAAAGAAUGUAGGCUCGGAAUUCAGCUGCUUCCAUUGUUGCCUAUCUCGGAGGCUUUGUUUUCUGAUGUGGGAUUUGUAAGGGAGCUGGUGAACUGGACAUUACCAGCUUUAGCAAGAGAAGGAGUUGGCGAAGGAUGGAAGGGAUUUGUGUAUGCUUUGGAAGGGAUAAUUGAUAAAGAAAGUGCUUUGGAAAAGGUGAGAAGUUUGAAAGGGCAUGAUGAUGGUAAUUCACUUACUAAUCUUUUGUGGUGGAUUCAUAGUAGAGGUUCUGUGGAGAAAGAAUGGUGGGGCGAGGGAGGGGGUAAAUUCUGCUGGUUUGGUCAUUACUGUCACUGAAGUUGUUUCUUAAAUAUUCAGUAAAAUGAAAGUGAAAUGGAAGGCUUGAAGCGAAGAUGAGAAGAACAUGAAAUAUGAGUCUCAAACUUUAUCAAAUAUCUCGUCUGGAAUGUGGAUUUUUUUUUUUAUAUAAUUGGAGAGGGAGGAGCGUUUGCGGGAGAAUUUGAACUCACGAUCUACCAGUUUGUUAACCAGCACUUAUAAUAUUUGAGCUGUAUCUUAUUGGUUAGAAUGUCGAUUUAAUUUCUCCUUUUUAUAUGUAAAAUCAUAUGAAAUUAAUAUUAAGUAAACAAUUUUCUGUUUUUGUA